AUGCCACCGCCCACAUCUGUUGCCUCAACGGCACGCUCCAGCAGUGGUGCAACUAUCAAACGAAAGGUGGAUGACCGCAUCCGCAAGGUUAUUGAGAAUGCCGUACACAAGCGGCAUCGCGCACUUCUACUGCUUGUGGGUGACCGCGGAAAAGAUCAAAUUGUUAAUCUUCACCAGAUGGUUUCACACGCCAACCACAACGCAAAGGUGAAUGUGUUAUGGUGCAUGAAGAAAGAACCGGACUUCGGAUCAACAAGCCUUAAACAACAAGAGAAGAAGGCGCGACUUGAGGUGAAGGGUGGAAUGUCUACCGAUGCAACGAAAGAAGCCUUUCAGACAUUUCUUUCGCAAACCAUUAUAAGGUUUUGUCAAUACAAGGAAACACAUAAAAUACUUGGGCAAACGUUUGGUAUGGCGGUGCUACAAGACUUCGAGGCUAUGACACCCAACACAUUGGCGCGAACUAUUGAGACCGUGAAGGGAGGUGGCAUUAUUGUAAUAAUGUUUCGCGCAAUGAAGUCACUGAAGCAGUUAUACACCAUUGCUAUGGAUGUCCACUCUCGGUAUCGCACAGAGGCUCUUCAAGAUGUGGUCCCGCGCUUCAACGAGCGAUUCCUUCUUUCUCUAGUUGAUUGCGACACAUCACUUUGUGUGGAUGAUGAUCUUAACGUGCUUCCAAUCACCGCCAAAAUGUGUGCCGUAGAGAGUGCACGAACAACGUCGUAUGAUGAAACAUUAGUUCUACAAGGGCGACAAAAGCACGAAGCGGACUUGGCUGCACUAAAGGAACGCCUACGGGCCAGUAAUGAAGUGGGGCCACUCAUUAGCCUAUGCCAAACACUCGACCAAGGCAAGACCAUUCUUUCACUUAUGCAGACGGUUGUGGAGAAGUCGCUAAAUACAACAUGUGUUGUUACUGCUGGUAGGGGUCGUGGUAAAUCUGCAGCACUUGGACUUGCGACUGCUGGCGCUGUGGCACAGGGGUACAGUAAUAUCUUCUGCACAGCACCAUCGCCAGAAAAUUUACAAACAUUUUUCGAGUUCGUUGUGCGUGGGUUGCAGGAGCUUGGGUAUAAGGAACGCACAGACUUUGAAGCCAUGCAAAGCACGAACGUCGAGUUCAGCAAAUGCAUUAUACGUAUUAACGUUUUCCGCGAGCACAGACAAACUGUUCAAUACAUUUCUCCGAACGACGCAUCAAAGUUUGCACAGGCGGAGUUGGCGAUUAUUGACGAAGCUGCAGCCUUGCCGUUGCCGAUUGUUAAACAAAUGCUCGGCCCGUACUUAGUGUUUCUUUCUUCGACCAUCUCCGGUUACGAGGGCACAGGCCGGAGCCUCUCCAUGAAACUUGUUGCAGACAUGCGAAAGCACAGUGGAAGCACUAAUGCCUCAGUGGCAGGUGACGACCGCCGGCUUCUUCGCGAGUUAUCCAUGUCAGAUCCUAUUCGUUAUGGUCCCAAUGACCCUGUGGAGUUCUGGUUGAACAAACUGCUGUGCCUUGACGCCACCGUCCGACCGAUCGCCGUGAAAUCCUCUCCACACCCAAAUUCUUGUGAGUUGUACUACGUGAACCGUGACGCACUCUUUUCUUAUCACCCUUUGGCCGAACAGCUGCUGCAGGCAAUUGUGGCCAUGUUAGUUGCCGCCCACUACAAAAAUCAACCCAAUGACCUGCAGCUCAUGUCCGAUGCACCCGGUCAUCACCUCUUCAUACUAUGUCCCUCUACUGUGGAUGCAAAGAGCGGCAUUCCAGACGUAUUUUGUGUAAUUCAUGCAUGCGAGGAGGGACACGUUUCGUCCGAAGCAAUCAAAAGUAACCUCAGCCGGGGGUUGCGCCCUUCUGGGGACCUAAUUCCCUACACCCUAUCGCAGUAUUAUCUCGAAGAGGGAUUUGCAAAACUUGCAGGUCUACGAAUUGUUCGUAUUGCCACAAACCCGGAGUUGCAACGCGCCGGAUACGGCUCGCGCGCUCUCGAGCUACUGCAGCAGUACUACACGGGCUCUGUGUCGUUACGUCCUGCCGCGUCUGCUGCUGCUACAGAAAACAAUACGGAAUUAAAAGCAGUGGACGAUGCCGAUGAAGUGAGUAGCACCAUCUCACAUACCAUCAAACCGCGCAAACGCAUACCCAGCCUUUUAGUGCCUCUCAUUGAGAGACCUUAUGAAGAGAUUGACUACCUUGGCGUGAGUUUUGGUGUGACAACGCCUCUGUUUAACUUCUGGAAGCGGGGAGGGUUCGAGCCACUGUACCUACGUCACGCGGCGAAUGAGUUAACUGGAGAGCAUAGUUGCGUUAUGGUUCGCUCGUUUGGAUUUGACCUCGGGCUACUCCGUGCUGAGUUCCGUCGUCGAUUUAUUCCCCUUUUAGCGAUGCCAUUUCGCCAACUUCCAACAGAAUUGGCACUGAGUAUAUUAAAGGAUGUUGAUGUUAAUGACCCACAAAAAUUAGCAGCUGCCACUGACCUCUCUCAUGUGGCGGAGCAUAAUGUCCGCGUGGCAGGCCAGCCUCAGUGUACAUGGAAGGAACUGCAGGAAAUAUUCAGCAUCAGCGAUUUGAAGAGGUUAAAGCUAAAUGCCACUACAUUUGUCGAGGGUGGCCACGUUUUGGACCUCGUUCCUGCUUUAGCGAAAUUGUAUUUUGAGUCGCGUUUAUUUCACCUUCCCGAUGGGGCAGAGGGUGUCGUACUCUCCCACGCGCAGGCUGCAGUACUUUUAGGCGUUGGGCUUCAGUGCCAAACUAUUGAGGAAGUUGGUCAGCAGGCGGUAUUUUCUGGCGUACCAACACAGCAGCUGCGUGCCUUUCUACAGAAGGCAAUUUCUCGUAUAGUAGACCAUUUCACGCGCCUGCAGAAGCUGAAAUUGACUGGAUCAAAAGAAGAAGAGACUGUGAAAAGGAAUGGGGGGAAUGACGAUGCGGAUGAAAACACCCAUGAGAUUUACGAUAAGGAGGGACGUGUAGUUGGGUUAUCCGUGGAAAAGAGAGUCCGGAGUGUAAUUAAUGUAGAUUCGACUUUGCUGCGCGACGCGAAGUCGGCAACAGUCGGAGCAAGAAAUGAUGCAGGAGGAACAACAGGAUUGCAGCGGGCGUUCAAGCGGUCAAAGAAAACUCGUCGCGGCUGA